GUGUCAAAUAUUGAUAUGGUUGGGUUAAGAGGAACCUUGGUGACCUGUCAUUUGUUUCCCUUCCUGCAGUAUGGGCGGUCGGACAGUUACCGCGUGGCUACCACGCAGGGGGACAAGGAUGAGAAGGACUCCCCCAAGAAGAAGAACAAGGCCAAGGACUUGGACGAACUGAAGAAGGAAGUGCCCCUGACGGAACACAAGAUGUCUGUGGAGGAGGUGUGCCGGAAAUACAACACAGACAUCGUCCAGGGUCUCACCCUGGCCCGCGCCGCUGAGGUCCUGACCCGGGACGGGCCCAACGCCCUGACGCCGCCCCCGACCACCCCCGAGUGGGUGAAGUUCUGCCGCCAGCUCUUUGGGGGCUUCUCCAUCCUGCUCUGGAUCGGCGCCAUCCUCUGCUUCCUGGCCUACGGCAUCCAGGCAGCCACUGAGGACGAGCCCGCCGGGGACAAUCUGUACCUGGGCAUCGUGCUGUCCGCCGUGGUCAUCAUCACCGGCUGCUUCUCCUACUACCAGGAGGCCAAGAGCUCCAAGAUCAUGGAGUCCUUCAAGAACAUGGUGCCUCAGCAAGCCCUGGUGAUCCGCGAGGGAGAGAAGAUGCAGAUCAACGCGGAGGAGGUGGUGGCUGGAGACCUGGUGGAGGUGAAGGGGGGAGACAGAGUGCCUGCUGACCUCCGCAUCGUCUCCGCGCACGGCUGCAAGGUGGAUAACUCCUCCCUCACUGGCGAAUCAGAGCCCCAGACCCGGUCACCUGACUGUACCCAUGACAACCCCCUGGAGACACGGAACAUUGCCUUCUUCUCAACCAACUGUGUGGAGGGCACAGCCCGCGGGAUUGUCGUCGCCACGGGCGACCGCACGGUGAUGGGCCGCAUCGCCACUCUGACGUCGGGGCUGGAGACGGGCAAGACCCCCAUCGCCAAGGAAAUCGAGCACUUCAUCCACCUGAUCACGGGCGUGGCCGUCUUCCUGGGCAUCACCUUCUUCAUCCUGUCCAUUGUGCUGGGCUACAGCUGGCUCGAGGCCGUCAUCUUCCUCAUCGGCAUCAUUGUCGCCAACGUGCCUGAGGGACUGCUGGCUACAGUCACUGUGUGUCUGACUCUCACAGCGAAGAGGAUGGCUCGGAAGAACUGCCUGGUGAAGAACCUGGAGGCCGUGGAGACUCUGGGCUCCACCUCCACCAUCUGCUCUGACAAGACCGGCACCUUGACCCAGAACCGCAUGACUGUGGGUGCUAUUGUAGCAGUGACAGGGGAUGGAGUGAACGACUCUCCAGCCCUGAAGAAAGCUGACAUCGGUGUUGCCAUGGGGAUCGCAGGUUCGGACGUCUCCAAGCAGGCAGCUGACAUGAUCCUCCUGGACGACAACUUUGCCUCCAUCGUGACCGGAGUGGAGGAAGGACGUCUGAUCUUUGACAACCUGAAGAAGUCCAUCGCCUACACCUUGACCAGCAACAUCCCUGAGAUCACUCCCUUCCUGCUGUUCAUCAUGGGUAACAUCCCCCUGCCCCUGGGCACCAUCACCAUCCUGUGUAUCGACCUGGGCACCGACAUGGUCCCUGCUAUCUCUCUGGCGUACGAGGCAGCGGAGAGUGACAUCAUGAAGAGACAGCCCCGCAACCCCCGCACAGACAAGCUGGUGAACGAGCGGCUGAUCAGCAUGGCCUACGGACAGAUAGGAAUGAUCCAGGCGCUGGGCGGCUUCUUCAGUUACUUCGUCAUCCUGGCAGAGAACGGCUUCCUGCCCUCCCAGCUGGUGGGCAUCCGGCUGAACUGGGACGACCGGACCAACAACGACCUGGAGGACAGCUACGGCCAGCAAUGGACCUAUGAGCAGAGGAAGAUCGUGGAGUUCACCUGCCACACGGCCUUCUUUGUCAGUAUCGUGGUGGUGCAGUGGGCCGAUGUCAUCAUCUGUAAAACACGCAGGAACUCUGUCUUCCAGCAGGGCAUGAAGAAUAAGAUCUUGAUCUUUGGGCUCUUUGAGGAGACAGCUCUUGCAGCCUUCCUGUCCUACUGCCCUGGGAUGGAUGUGGCACUCAGGAUGUACCCCUUAAAGCCCAGCUGGUGGUUCUGUGCGUUCCCCUACAGCUUCCUCAUCUUCGUGUACGAUGAGAUCCGGAAACUCAUCCUGCGCAGGAACCCUGGAGGCUGGGUGGAGAAGGAGACCUACUAUUAAAUCAACAAACCUGUUCGAACCCACCCCCCCCUCUCCGACCCCCCCGUCUCUCUCUCUCCCCCCCCCAGACUCUCACAGCCCCCCGCGGGCGGACUCUCCCCCAGGACCCGCCACGCCGCUGCCCCCUGUCUGGGGUGGGGGGGCCAUCAUUUUUAUUAUUCGGAUCGUUCUUGUGCGGUAUUCUUUCGGGGCGUGGAGUGAGAGCUAUGUUCCUCUUCCACUCGACAUGACGAAGCACACCCCUCGACCCCCUCGUCCGCCGUCUGUGUGCGCUGUGUGCAUCUCCCCCCCCCGCCCUCCUCUUCCUCCCCCCCUCCUCGGUGAAGAUCAGUCUUUCUCUGUGUUCUAGGAAAACAAAAUCUAUUUCUCUCCGGGUUUAAUCAAAGAAUUUCAAAACGAAAAUAACUUAUCGAGAAUCGCAAAAGAAAGAGUCUUUCUUUUCCUCUGUUGGGUCCCCCGCCUUCUGUGGGCGCUGUGCAGGAAGAAGGGCUCUGGGCUCCGGGCCCAGCCCGGCCCGGCCCAGCCCUGAGCCCGUCUCCGCCAGCCCGAGGCAGCGCGUGAGGGAAGAGCUGUCGCACAGAAGCGGAUCCAACGCCAAUAAACAUCUAGAACAUUUAAUACAACCGA